AUGUGCGUUGAAGAUAGCCGUUUCUAUUCGGUCCCGUGUUUGGACAAGAGCCCUAGCAAAUAUGAGGAUAAUUACUGUGAACUGAAUGAUUUCUACAAAAAGAUUGCUACCGAAGAGCUUCGUGAAACCGAUGAGGUUCGAACCCAGAGCCUGGAGCAGAUGCGCGAAUUUAUCGCCAAACAUCCCCACAUCAAAAAGUGUCGUACUGAUACGCAAUUUUUGCUGCGAUUCCUGCGUCAGAAGAAGUACAUUUUGAACAACGCUACUGAAACGCUGGAGCGUUUCCUGGCAAUCCGGGCCCUUCACUCGGAAUGGUUCUGCAAGCUGGACAUCGAAGACCCAGAGCUUAGCGCCUUGGCCGAUACCGGAUAUCUGUUCCCGUUGCCAGAGCGAGAUGCCCAGGGACGUACUGUGAUCUUCAACGAAACUGGCCAGCUGGACCCGACCAAAUUCAAGGCCACCCAUGUGACCCGUAUCCAUGCCUUGAUCAACGAGCUGUUCUUCGACAGGCCGGAAGUUCAGUGUGCCGGAUUCGUGGUCGUGUACGACCUUUCCGGUAUGACCAUGUCCCACCUCAGCAUGGCCACGUUGAACGAAAUCCGCGUCAUGGCCGGCUAUCUGAACAAGGCCGUUCCCGUGAGGUAUCGGGAGUUCCACUUCGUCGGAACCCCUGGCGCCACAAUGACCGUCGUCAACAUGGUUCUGAACAUGCUCAGCGAGAAGCUGCGACAGCGUGUCUUCUGCCACCGUAGCUGGGACGAGCUGUACACCAAGGUGGACAAAAAUCUCCUGCCCAAGGAAUUCGGUGGAAAAACCCCGAAGGCCGAGUGCAUUGAGCAGUUCAAGCAGCAGUGUUCCAAGGCUCGUGCUCGGCUGUUGACCUAUGAUGAAACCGAAAUGGAAGUCACCAAGGAUUCCAAGUACUGGCAGGAAUCGACCGAUGCCGAACUGGAGAGUGGAGCGAUCGGGAGCUUCCGGAAGUUGACCGUUGAUUAG